UAACUUUGCCAGAAGAGGGAGAGAGAGAGAAGGCAAAUGUUCCCCCAGCUGUUUCCUGUCUACAGUGUCUGUGUUUUGUAGAUAAAUGUGAGGAUUUUCUCUAAAUCCCUCUUCUGUUUGCUAAAUCUCACUGUCACUGCUAAAUUCAGAGCAGAUAGAGCCUGCGCAAUGGAAUAAAGUCCUCAAAAUUGAAAUGUGACAUUGCUCUCAACAUCUCCCAUCUCUCUGGAUCUCUUUUUGCCUCAUUAUUCCUGCUAACCAAUUCAUUUCCAGACUGUGUACUUCAGAAGCAAUGGGAAAAAUCAGCAGUCUUCCAACCCAAUUAUUUAAGUGCUGCUUUUGUGAUUUCUUGAAGGUAAAGAUGCGCAUCCUGUCCUCCUCGCAUCUCUUCUACCUGGCCCUCUGCUUGCUCACCUUCACCAGCUCGGCCACAGCCGGACCGGAGACGCUCUGCGGUGCUGAGCUGGUGGAUGCUCUUCAGUUCGUGUGUGGAGACAGGGGCUUUUAUUUCAACAAGCCCACAGGAUACGGCUCCAGCAGUCGGAGGGCACCUCAGACAGGCAUCGUGGAUGAGUGCUGCUUCCGGAGCUGUGAUCUGAGGAGGCUGGAGAUGUACUGUGCACCCCUCAAGCCGGCAAAGGCAGCCCGCUCCGUCCGUGCCCAGCGCCACACCGACAUGCCCAAGACUCAGAAGUAUCAGCCUCCAUCUACCAACAAGAAAAUGAAGUCUCAGAGGAGAAGGAAAGGUGGGCCAAAGAAACACCCAGGAGGGGAAGAGAAAGAGGGGAAAGAAGCAAGUCAGCAGAUCAGAGGAAAGAAGAAAGAGCAGAGAAGGGAGACUGGAGCUAGAAACUGAACACAGAGGCAAAAAAGGAAACUGGAGGAGAGAAGGACUAAGCAGACAGAGGCAAGGAUGAUAAGAGAGGAGUGAGCAGAGAGCAGUAAAGCAAAGCAGGAAAUGAAGACAAGUAGGCCUGGUGGAGCUAGAUAGUACACUGAAAGAAAUGAAAGUAACCUGUUACCCAAUGGGACUAACGAAUGUGGGGAAAAUUAAAAAGAAAAAUCUAAUACCUAAGAAAAUCCAAAGAAAGACAGUAGCAAAAAUGAAAAGCAAAAAUAAAUAAAAACUAUAAUAGACAUACUCUUUCUCCCAUCCUUCCCAAGAUACAAUUAAAGAAUUCAGAUUAAUUUUAAUAUUUAAAUGCACUUUAAAAUUUUGUUUGAAUCUGUAAUGGAAGAAUCGUCCAUGUCAAUAUAUGUUCAGAGUUAACUAUUAGCCCAAAAUUCUCAGCAAGACUGAAUUGUGUCAUAGAAUUUCCCAGAUUUCCUUUCCUGCAAUGUCAUUGGGGGCUGCAUUUCUGAGUCAAGUCCAAGGUUUAGGCCAGAGGGCAUCCAGUAUUUGCCGAAAGGCCUGUCACACAACAUUUCAGAGAAGGUUACUGAACUCCUCUCCAACCCCAACUCUUUGGAAUCAGAUAUAAAAGAUGUAUAAGUUUGCUAGGGCUGCCAUAACAAAGCACCACAGACAGUGAAUUAAACCACAGACAUUUAUUUGCUCACAACUUCUGGAGGCUGGAUGUCCUAAACUCAGGAAUCAACCCCUCCAAGGCCAAUAGGAAGGAUCUGUCCCAAGCCCCCUCCUCUGUUUAUAAAUGGCCUCCUUCUCCCCCGCCCCCACUCCUCUCCCUUUCCUUCUCUUUCAUGCAUAUCUUUGUAUCCAAACAUCCUCCUUGUAUAAGAAUGCUAGUCAGAUUGAUUCAGGCCCCACCCUAAUGACCUCAUUAUAACUCGAUUACCUCCAUAAAGACCUUACACUACAGUCAUGUUUUGAGUUACUGGGGGUUGGGACUUUAACAUAUGAGUUUGGGGGAAAGGGACCACAAUUCAGCCCAUAACAGAAGACUUCUGAUGUCUGAUAGUACCUUUUUAUUGCAUCUCCUAGAAAUUCCCUCUAUCACUCCACCACCCCACAUACACAGAGAUCUAGAUUUUUAGAUGUAAAAUCCUGAGUCUGAAGUUUUGCUCCAUAACAAAACUAGAACCAUGAUAUGUUAGAGCUGGAAGAGAUAUCAUAAAGCAUUGCAUAUAAUCCCUUCAUUUAAAGACAAAGACACUGAGACCCAGAAAUGAGUAAAGACAUACUUGGGUUCUUGGCUGCUCUUCUGGCCACCAGACAAUAGCACAUAAUCAAAGUAGGUCAACUAAGAAAGAAUUCCAAAAUGAAGAGAGGGGGAAUAAAUGGGCCCUUGAAGCUUCCAUUAGUUUAAUAUUAUUACACCAGAAGGAAGGCAGUGAAUGAUUGAGAGUAAAUUACUGGAUUUCCAUGAGGAUAAAAAAAAAAGCUAAAUAGAAUCACAAAAUUCAAGUCUUAGAAACCUUCUCCUCCCAUCACCUUUAUUUAUUUAAUCAGUGGGAUUAAGGUCCUCAUAGAUAAUAAGGAAGUCUCAAGAUCAUCCAAAUCAUGGAUUAUAAUAACUGAGAAAAGAUGCAAGAUAAAAGUACUCAGCCAAUCAAAUGCUUGAGAUGAGAAGAUGGCAAAUCCAGAAGUGAAGCACUUCAUCCAAGUAGCCUACCUAGAAGACAUGGUGUUAAAGAAAAGUCUCUUCUGCCUGGUCAUUCAUACACCUGCCAUUGUUUCCACAUCAGGAUCACCCUUCCUUCAUGAUUCACUGAAAACCCAGCAUCCUUUGAAUAUAAUGGAGAUGGCUGAGGCUCAUGAGAUCCAGAAGUAAAAGAUCAAAUCAUAAUCACAUCAGAACCCUCGAUGAGAGCCAAACCACUGCUCCUGUGGUUGCAAAGUGGAUCCAGGAUUAUGAGAACAGAAAGACAAAAGCCAGGCUGGUUGCAAAGUGGAUCCAGGAUUAUGAGAACAGAAAGACAAAAGCCAGGCUGAGCCCUUCUGGUCAGCUACCUUUUUCAGGAGAGGCUGAGUUCUCAUGAGAAGACAUCUAUGCUUUGGGGCCAGACACAGGCCAAUACCUGCUGUAGCCAUCACCAUGGAGUAGCCUGUAAACAGAUGACUCUUCAAGGAACCACAGUUCAGCACAAGAAUUAAGAAUUUGUGUCUGGUAAAAGGAUUGGGAAAACUGUAAUUAUACCAAACUCCAUUCAAGAGAUAAAGCAAAAAUGAAGGAAGGAAAGAAAGGAAGGAAGGAAGGUAGGCAGGCAGGCAGACAAGAGAAUGUUAAGGAAUGCGUAACUUCCAUGCUGUGCAUUAGAACACACUUCUUUCUGGAAGUUGUUUUGUCAAGUCUAAUGCCAAUGCGUUGAAUACCUAUAAGACAUUACUGAAUAAUAUGAAAUAAGAAAACAGGAAGAAUCUAUUAUUGUCUUUCCAUCUCUUCCUUUCUAGUACCAAUAUUCAAGCCCCUAGAGAAUCAUGGCAUAUAAUGACAGGUGGGUAGGUAGGUAGAUGGAUUAAAUGAAAUGGUAUAGGCAGAAGAAUAAUUGUAGAAAGAUAUGAACAUUUGCAUAGCUGAGAUUGAUUUCUCUCAUCUUAAUUAGGAUAAUGAGAAUGUUUUCCUGAAGUAAAUUGAGUAUUAAAUCAUGUAAAAUUUCAAUGCUUCAACUUCAACUGUUUCUCUUGGGGAAAAUUGAUGAUUGUACAUAAAAGUAAUUGGAAUAGAUACGGAAUUAUGCUGAAAUAACAUUCCUGAGAAAAUAGUUGUAAUUGAGCAACUACAAUGUACAGACCUCUGUACCAGGUAUGAAGGAGAGUUACGAUCAUUGGAGAGGCAGAAAAAUGUAGUUGAUAAGAGCCCUGAAAGCUUUUGCACUGACUGCCUGAGUUCAAAUCCUGGAUUUCUCACUUACUGUGUGUCUUUGGACAAGUACAUGUUACCUGUGCCUCAGUUUCAUCAUAAAAUUGAAUUUAUAAUGAUAACAUGAGUUAAUGUGUAUGCAUGCUUGUGUGUAUGUGGUGCUUAUAAGGGUGCCUGGCACAAAGUAAGCACUAUUAAAGUUUUACUAAGAAUAUUUUACCAACUCUUGAAAAUUAGAGCCAUAUGAAAAAGAAAUCAGUUUUCUGAGGUUAAAGCAGAUGUCAUAUCACUACAAGCUUAGAGCCUAUGCUUGCCAAUAUUUUUUGUUGCUGUUGUAGUAGAGUUUCAAGUAUAGGAUAGGAGAAGAAGAGAGCUGGAUGACCUAAGACCCCUUUCAAUCCAGGAACCCCUGGUUCUGUCAAUAAUUCCAGAGUGACUGAUAGGUUAGCUCUCCCAGGUGAAGCUCUAUUAACUUUUACUUCAGGGUCAUACAGUGAACUUUGAGAAAACCACCAUUUUUCUCAACCAGUUAAAAUCAAAUGUAAUAUGUGUUUUCAUUUCAUGGUGCCUGGGGAAAAUUUAAUUGUAGCAUGAACUCCAGCUCUUCUAGUUUUAAGUGAAAUUGCCAAAAUAAAUAGAAAUGUGGAAUAUUUCCGGGCUCACACAGCUUCCGGGACAUUUCAGUUUCUAGGGCUGCUGAUCCAGUGCCUUUCAGAAGCAUUUGAUCUUUCAAAUGUCUCUUGAAAACAAAUAAAACCUCAUAUAGCUUCGAAUGUGUGUACUGUUAGGAUGUAAGGGUGGAAAAGGAUACAUAAAAUGAGCUCCCAAAAGGCACUGAUCAUCUCUCUCCCCACCAACCCAGAAAUAAUGUAUGCUUAGGUACUAAAUUUUGCUGUUUCUUUGGUCAUAAAAGUCCAGUAUUAUGCAUGGGGGAAGAUGAGGUCUAUUCUCGCUACUUGCCUAUGUGAAAGGAACAGGGAUUUUUUUUUUUUUUUUUGCAAUAUUUAGGAGAUAACAUGGAGUUGACUUUUGAUCAAAGGGCAAAGUUGAUAGUCUGAAGUCAAAGUGGAAGCCUUUGGUGGCAAUGAAAAGAUUAGUAGUUUCAAAUGAAGCGGAAUAUCUUUUUAUGAAGUUCAGAAUAUCACCCUAGAAUUCCUCAACUGAAAUAUAGGGUCCUCAAAACUUUUAUAGAAAAUGCAAAUUGUGAAAAAAAAAACUGUGUUUGGAUUUCAAAAAUUAUUGGCAACAAAAUAAAUUGAUCUUUGCAUUCUGUCUUUACAUAAACUUUCUGCCACGUUCAUAUGUCUGCUUUGAUGCUUAAAAUCCAGUUAGUAAUUCCAUUGACCUAAUCAAGUCUAGUUUGGAAAUUUUAAAAGAUCUUUUAUUUAAUACUUUCUUUUUUCUCAUGUUAAUGUGCUAUUAAUACAGAGAACAGAUUCAAUAUUAGUUAUCAAUUGUUGAUACAUAUACUUCUAUGAACAUAAUCAUGUUCCUUUACUCCCUGAUUUAUUUAUUUAUUUACUUGAAAGAGAGAGAGAAGGAAAAGCACUCCCAUCUACUGGUUCACUUACCAAAUGGGCUGGGCCAGGCAGGAGCCAGGAGCCAGGAGCCAGGAAUCCCAUAUUGGGAUUAUUCAGGAGAAACCAAAGGAUUCCUUUGUCUUCUCAAAGGCCCAAGUUCCAGGCCUGAAUUAAAUGUUACUGGGGAAAUAAAGCAAACAUUUUCAGAGGGGCAAGAAGAACUUAGUUUUCCUUCCAUUGUGCCUUCUCAGGAUCCAGGGCUUACUCACUUCCCAUCUGAUUUACAGAGAGGAACUCUCUGGAUCCUUCUCAUCUACAGAUCCCAGUAACUUUCCCAUAGGACCAAUUAGCAACUCUAGAAAUUUCCAGGUCUAACUCAUGACCCAUUACAACCAAGGGUCAGUGCAUCCAUCCCAUCUUCCUUCCAUCAUUCCUGUCCCUACUUCGAUUAGAGAUUGGGAUUAUUGACAAAAGCAAAUCACUUGCCUCCUCCACCACUAUCCCCUUUCUUAACCUCUAUCUUUCUGUAUUUGCUUUGGCAUGUGGCUUCAUUCCCAUUGGGUCACAUAAAGUAACAUAUUUAUUUGAGCAGGCACACGUUAUUAUCACUCUGGUGGGGGGCGGGGGGAGAUGGCACUGACAAUGUCUCCCUUGGUUCCUUUAACCAGCAUGGUCAAAAUUUCCAUAAGAAGAUGGGAUGUUAAGGGCAAGAUGUAGGAAAGGCUGGGCAUGACAGCAAUUCUUAUCUCUAGUAAAAUAGCCCCAAAGUUCCCAGCGAGAAACCCAGAUAUUUUACAUCAAACCCAAACUGGUCAAGUAACCCAAGAGUCCACGAUGGGAUUCAUAUGCCAAAAGCUUGAAUAGAAUUCUGUGUAAAAUCUACAAAGGCUCUCAUGGAGCUUUCUGUCAAGCCAACACCAAGAGGUCAAGUAAUUAAGGACCAACCAGUCCUGCCAUCUGUGAAAAUGUGAUGUGCUAUUUUCACAGUUGUAGAUAACAAUUAUGGCAAGACAAAAAUCUGACAUAAUUAGGAGUCAGACUGUGGCAGGUUGAGCACUGGGUAAGGAUUCCUAGUCAGUUGACAAUUGUUCAUUGGAUACGUACAACCUUUAUUUCACGCCACAAGUUUGUGGCAUGUCUGAACAGUGCAUGAGGCAUUGCAGGAAUAGAAGAAAUUUAUUAAAUCAAUAAAUGCAUAGCAUCAUUAUUGUUACUUUGUCAGUAUUGGUUGACCAAGGUCACUAUUGAGCGCUGUGCAGCAUCUGUAUAAAUAAUGUUUGUUUCCUUCUUCAAAAGAAUGCUAGGAUGGAGGUAGAGGUGCUUUUGGCACAAUAUAACAGUUCUGAUUUUUAAAACUGUAUGCACACAUGAACUUGCUCCACUUUCUGUCUUGGAAAAGCACUGGCUGGCACCUUGCAUGUUUACUUUUAUAUGCUGAGGCUCCCAUCAACCUCAAACAGAUGCAAAUCACUUCAACUUGUCAUAGUGUUAUUUUGUUCAUCCUAAAAGUUCAAGUAAGCCUUCCAAACUUCCAAAAUGUCUCUCAAUUCAGUGAGGAGAAAAAUUUCGAACACAGAGUUUGAAUGUUCUGCCCAGAUUUGUCACACACACAAAGAAUGAAUAGAAGAGAGCAACACCCUUUCCUACUAACCCUGUGAACUCAUCACUAUUGCACUGAAAUAACACCAGAAACCUUGGGCCUCCCAUCUCCCAAGGACACUGUAAUAUAAAUUACAGCACACACUAGUCUAAGUAAUUCUAGCAUCAGUAGAUGUCAGAUGGAACAAUGCAAUUUCGGAGGCUUAAGAGAAAAAGAAUAAAUGCAGUUUUUAUGUAAGAAUGUGCUGAAUUUUUAGUACAUAUCAGUGAAAUUACUAGAAUCUGGUGUUUCACUUUUUUAAAUACCACAACAGUUGAACCUUUCAGCAGUCCUCAAAUCAAUUCCCUUUGGGACAGAUACUGCACUUAAACCCUUUUUAAUUUAAAAAUAUAAUAAAACAGCUAACUAAAUAAGCUGCCCACAAAAAUCAAUAGUCUAAGCAGCCCUGAAUUCUAACAUGUUUUACAACAUCCUUGAAGAUUACAGAAAACAAUAUGAACGUCUCUUGGCAGCAAAGGAAUGUACCCUUCAGUAUUUGUUUCUUUUGUUUUCUCCAGGAUCUUAAUUAUUCUGGUGGUAGUUUAUUACAUCACAGGCAGAAAUAGUUGAAAUAGAGCCAGGUGAUAUCUUUUAAAGAGUAAGAAAGUUGCUAAAUCAGGAUAAUCUUGGAAUAGUGAUGGGAUGAAUAUGUUCCCUGAUUCCUGGGGAUUCCUAAGGGUGCAUCAGUUACUAGAAACAAAGAGCUCUACUUCUAUUCCUGCACUCGAGGGAAUGCUAAAAAACCCAACAAGUAGUGACUGUCUCUCCAAACUCGGCCACAGAAAGGACAACACUCUAGCACAAGAAGUGUUCUGACAACAGUAACUAUUUUAAAUAAAUAAAGAUAAUAGCCAAUAUUUAUUAGGCAGAUACCCUGCAGUAAGGGUUAUAACAAAUCACCUCACUAAGGUAAUCACCACCAUAAGCCUAUAGGUAAACACUAUAAUCAUACCUAUUGUACAGAUUAAAAAAAAAAAAAAAACUCAAGCUGAGAAAGGCUAAAUAUCUUGUUCUGACAAGUGGCCAGGUCAGAAUCUAAACUUGAGGUGGACACCAGUGUGUUCACUAUUCCCUGAACCCCCUCCUGCACUUCUUAGUUGAUGCUUACUACACCAUAGGCUAACACUUGGAAGUUCCAAGACAGGAGGGUGCUAUUUGUCCUUGUACAGAAUGCAAGAAGAAGUAGGGGGCCUGCCUAAAAUACUUGCUGUUGACCUGAACUCUAGUUCAUCACUACUGCAAGAAAUUUAAAUCAAUUUAACAAGCAUUUCCUGAUUUUCAACUUUGCUCAAAGCACCCCAGUUGGGUCUGGGGAGUGAUGAAAACAUGCUACCUACCCUCAAGGGAUUACCUUUUAGUGAGGAGACAUGCAGAAUUUACUCUCCAGUACAUCAAGACUCUAACAAACAUAGAUGCAGAAAGGACUCUGACGGCACAUAAACCAAAACAGAUUCACAUUGCUGACAAUCAAGUGCACAAAAUGUGUCUAACUUAAGAGCUGUGGAAACAGUAUGCACUCUUAAACAUACCUAUAGAUAUCUCCCUUAUGCCAGCUACAUGUGCAAAGGUUAUCACAUUCAAUCAGAAGAACGCCAUGAGGUAGGUGGUGUUACCCUACCCUUUCAUUUUUACAGAAGAAGAAACAGUGUAGUGAUUGUCAAAGGUCACACAACUCCUGUGGGAGAUAAGGUACUGGAAUACAUACCAGAUGUGUAAACACAGGUCCUCCAAGAAAUAGAAGAUGAGAUGAGAUUAAAUUAGCAAAGGCUUCAUCAGAGGGGGGACUGCCUGUGUGAAAGGAAAUAGGGGCCGGCGCCACGGCUCAAUAGGCUAAUCCUCUGCCUAGCGACGCUGGCACACCGGGUUCUAGUCCCGGUUGCCCAUCUUCCAGGCCAGCUCUCUGCUGUGGCCCGGGAGUGCAGUGGAGGAUGGCCCAAGUGCUUGGGCCCUGCAUCCCACGGGAGACCAGGAGAAGCACCUGGCUCCUGCCUUUGGAUCAGCGCGGUGCACUGGCCGCAGUGCACCGGCCACGGCGGCCAUUGGAGGGUGAACCAACAGCAAAAGGAAGACCUUUCUCUCUCUCUCUCUCUCUCACUGUCUACUCUGCCUGUGGAAAAAAAAAAAAGGAAAUAGUUCAUGGUCCCUGAGCCCUUUCCUAACAGUCAGAUUGCAAGUCUGAGCCAAGUGAAGGAGAGAGGGAGAGAAGGUUGGGCAGAAAUGUUCUAGACUGCUAAGGAAAGUUGAGUAAAGCUACCAGGGAGUCUUUGAGCUGAAAUUGGCCAAUAAAGGAAUUCUGGGUCUUCCAGGAAUGGGUCUGCUUGGUAUCCCCAUCAUAUUCAGUCAUUGGCUUGUACUAGUUGGCCAGCCAUCUUGGGCCAGUCCACCAAAGCCAAAGGACAGAGUCAUACGGGAGGAGGGAAGGCAGAGCAGGGAGUCACUCCUACAUGAGACUGGACAGACCAACAGUGUGUAACAUCACUUCAAACCUUUCACCCUUUGUUACAGAUGCAGACAUACAUGUAGGGAAUACAGACCUCUCCAAAUGUGCAUUUUGUCCUCUGGUUUUAAGUCACAUCCCAAAGUGCUGAGAAGAUUGCGUGACAUUCACUCUCUUUGGCUCCCAGAGAUGAGAGGCUGACCCAAUUCUCCUGGAAUUUGAACCUAUGAUUCCCUGAAGUAAAGAGAUAUCAAAAUUGAUACUAAGACAUCUAAAUCAUUCUGUACAAUUUCACAUGUCUGCAGGCCAAACCAGCAAAAUAGCUACAGCACAUCUUUUUUAAGAGGCUAAGAGCUGCUAUCUGGGCCAUUUCUCCAAUCAUCUGCUGCUCUUUUUCCCGCAUCUUGCCCUUUUUGGGAGAGAGUCAAUGCUAAAUUUAGCACUUUAUACUAUACAAUAGGCUGCUAAUAUUCCGUGCUGAACAGUAUUUUCCCAGUAGUUUUAUUGGGUGCCAGGCUUUUCCUAGACUUUAUAUCAUACAAUGCUUAACUUGUUUGGAGUGGGUGGAGAUGGAAACACAGUCUAUUGAAAACAUCACCGCUUCCUCCCUGAAUUUAAAGAGCCUAUUAUCAUCUUUCUUUUAGUUUCAAACUCCUGAGCAAAAUCUCAAAAAAUCGGUCAAAGAGAAAAGAAGGGGUUAUAAUAUCCAAGAGGGUAGCUUUUGCUAAUUGAAUGCUGUGCUACUAAACCUCUAUAAAUGAUCAUACACAAAGCACUCAGCUCACAAAGGGAGGGCACCUCCACGUUUAGAGACUUCUACCCACAAGGAACUGUCUUACCCUCUAAACCAGCAUCUACCACCCAUUGGGAUUAUGGAUAACUCAUGACAUUAUCCACUAUUGCUACUGGAAAUAGAUUUGGGCUCUCAAGCACCCAAUGUUGUUUUAUCCCUUGAGAAAGCAUUAUAGCAGAGUGGCUAACUGAUGAGUUCUGGAGUCAGAAGGAAUUGGCACAAAUCCCAACAAUUGUCACAUCUUCACUGUAAAAAAUUCUGCAAGUUGUUUACUCUUUCUAAGCUUUAGAUCUCUUAAAAUUCAAAUGGUGAGUACACUAGUAUCAGACCCUAAAAGAACAGUGAGGUUUAAAUAAAAAAUAGAUGCAAUUGAUCAUGCAUAUAGUCCACAGCACAUAGUAAGGGUUGAAGCAUUGGGAAGUGUUGUUUUUGCAGUCCCAGGUCUAUCAGGAAAUUCCUAUGUGACCUCAAGCACAUCACUAAGUCCUAUUGAGCCUUAGCUUGUAAAUGGGACUGAUGUCUGUGGAUGGCAUCACCUCACAAAUCAUAAAGACUCAGAUUAUUCUUCAAGUGGGAACUCACCUGAAAUGUUAAGCAAGCUUAUUUUUUUUGUUAUUAACCUUCAGUGAACUUAAUCAAAAUGUUGGUAGAUAGAUUUCCAGAGGAAAGCUUGGACAGGACAAGUAUCAGGAAAUAAUAAAAGAAUGCAAAUGGCCUCUUCUGGGUCUUUUCCUAUCUUCCUGAAUAUCUGGUUAUACGCAUGCAUACAAAACAUGUAAUAACGUAUGUCACAAAUUAAGCCCUUCCCAGACUUAUUCCCUAAUGAGUUCUUUAAUUCUUCCUUCAGAAGGAAACAUUUCUUAAAUCCCAGUGAACUGGACCAACAUUUUUUUGAAUACUCUUACCUUCUCUGGUGUCAAUAGGAAAGAGUAUUUACUCACUACUGUUUUCCUUUCAAAAAACUGUCUAGUUGCAUACUAGAAACAGCUUCAGCUGGUUUGUUUGUCUUGGACAGGCUGUUGAAGUGAAAAGUUUUUGCUUGGCUGAAUGUGGGACAGUUUCAUAACCCUUCAAGAAGUGCAUUGAAGGUGGGUGCCAGCUCUGACUCUGACGACGGCUGCUUCUAACGCGCCUCUGCUUGCCACCCAUUGUCAAGGGUGGCAGUGUAAUUAAGACAAUGAGCAAAGCAACAGAUGUAACUGAGACCAAGUCCCUGAGUGCUUUUGUUUUGUCACUGCCAUUGUCUGUAACAAAGAAGUGACAUGUGAGAGCCUGGGAAGAGAGCCAAAUGCAAACCAGACAACAUCCCAGCUGGUCUUGAAUGGCCUCAGCUGUACGUGUGUGUGCAUGGGAACCAUGCUACUUGGAGCAGUGUCGGCUCCACUCAAGUGAGUUUCAGCCAUGGCCCUGCUGUGAUGCUGAGACAGACCCAGAAGAAAUAGACCAGAGGAUAGCUCUGCCAAGACCUUACACUUUAUACCUUCUGCUCCAAGAGAAAAGAAAUAAGCUCUCUGUUGGGAGACAGCAGAUAAAAUCUACAUGGUCAGCCAAUCUGACCUCGGUUCUUUUUGCUACAGCCCUCAUGAACUUGAAGAUGAAACAUAGACAGUAACUGAAUGUCUUCUUCUAGAAAUUUUAAAGUACUUCAGCUUCAGUGGAAAACUAAAGAUUAAACACCUUGUGAGGCUUCCUUUUCAUUUGUUGCCAUUUCAUUCUUGAACAUUUUGGGAAGUUUGAGCAUUCUAGAUUCUUAAAAAUCUUUCUUUAUCCCAGUAUGCCCCUUAAGCAGGGGGAAAAAAAGGUAAAAUUCAAGUCCGUGUGUUUCUCUACCUGCCAGUUGAUUUGGUCAGCAAUUUGGCAGAGAGGUAGUAUCCUAAUAAAGGUUGUUGUAGAACUUUGCUGAGCCAUAUCCCAUCAUCAGUUUCCAAGGAGAAUCCAACAAUAUUUCAUGGAGUUUGGAAACAAUACUGAUCCUACUCUCUGAUCCCAUAUGCCUUUCUUCACUUUUUCUAGAGGAAUAUUAUAAGAAAGCAGAAUGAGACGGAGGAUUAGGAACACAAGUUUACUGGUGGCUUAGUGGUAAAUGCACAGCAAUAAAUACAUAUUAACUGCACUUGUUGCAUUUGCAAGUUAAUUUGUGUGCUAUUUCAGGGAGAAGGAUUUUCACCAGAUGGCAUUUCAAAAUAUUCGAUACAGAUGCCCACUUUCUUUUGACCAGGACAUGUUUGCAGUGGUCACUGAGCUAGGUAUUUUAAUACAUGUUUUUACACAGUGAUGCCAUCUUCUUUCUAGUAGGUCAUUAAAGGAUAUUGACCAUCAAUUCACAAAGGGCUAGCUACCUUUCAUGAAGGACUUGGAGAGAAGUUUAAUGUUCCAGGCAGAGCUGAAAAACAUCACCAGAUCUCUAAGGGUCUGGGACCAUAAGCAUUAUUUCCAAGAAGUGGUAGUUGAUUUUUCCCCAUUUAGAUUAGUAUUAAAUCUACUAACUCUGGGUCUUAGAUAUGAGUAAUCAAAGGUCUCUACAUAUAUAAUAAUUUUAUGCCUUGGAGGGGGAUGGCCAUUACCUUAGCCAGAGGAACAGUUGGGAGAUGCCACCCAUCAUAGUGAGAGCUCUCGUUUUGAUCUUAAUAAAAACAUGUUUUAGGAAUAGGGAUACUUAUUCCAUGAACCUCAUUAUAUACAAAUAAUUGUCCAUUAUGUCCUCAUAUAGAAGGCCUUUUGGCUAGAGGUAAACCCACAUAAAUAAAUACCUUAAAUGUAUUCCUGUAAAUGCGAUUUUCUCCUCAGUUUUAUUUCAUAUCUCCUUAUAUUCUAGAUACUUUACUAUUUAAAUGUAUACAAAGUGGCCGGCACCGCAGCUCACUAGGCUAAUCCUCCACCUGCGGCGCUGGCACUCCAGGUUCUAGUCCAGGUUGGUGCUCCAGUUCUGUCCCGGUUGCUCCUCUUCCAGUCCAGCUCUCUGCUGUGGCCUGGGAAGGCAGUGGAGGAUGGCCCAAGUCCCUGGGCCCUGUACCUGCAUGGGAGACCAGGAGGAAGCACCUGGCUCCUGGCUUGAUCGGCAUAGCUCCAGCUGUGGUGGCCAUUUGGGGUUGAACCAACGGAAAAGGAAGACCUUUCUCUCUAUCUUUCUCUCUCUCACUGUCUAACUCUGCCUGCCAAAAAAAAAUGUAUACAAAGCUAAAAUAAUUAUAGGAAAAGUAUAAUAACUUAGUUUUACAUGUCAUGAGGAGAUCUUUCAGUUUCAUUCAUUCAUUUAAUUCAUUCUAAAGAAAUUUAUUGAACACCUGAAAUAACCCUGGCACUGUUCUAAACAUUGAGACUUCAACCUUCAAUGGACAGAUAGGCAUCUGCUCUCACAGGAGCUCUGUUCUGAACAAAACUCAAUAUUCCAAACAACAGCAUUGUUUGUUGAUGAGUGAAUGGAACAUCAGUGCAGGGAACCCAGAAUUUUUAGUCCUGGAAUGGUUAAUGCCCAAUAAAGUUGACAUAAUAAGAAGAGGAGGAAAAAUGAGCAAAUAACCCUAGCAGCUACUGCUACUACUAACACUGAGUAUGCAGUGCUUACCAUGUGCCAAGCCUAUUGAUGUGCUCUCUUAUAUAUUAGCCCUUUCAUGUUUUUUAAAACUAUUUAUUUAUUUAUUUGAAAGAGUUACACACAGAGAAAAAGAGAGGCAGAGAGAGAAAGAGAAAGAGAGUUCUUCCAUCCGCUGGUUCACUCCCCAGUUGGCCGCAAUGGCUGGAGCUGUGUUGAUCUGAAACCAGGAGCCAGGAGCUUCCUCCAGGUCUCCCACUUGGGUGCAGAGGCCCAAGGACUUGGGCCAUCUUCCACUGCUUUCCCAGGCCAUGGCAGAGAGCUUGAUCAGAACUGGAGCAGCCAGGUCUUGAACCAUUGCCCAUAUGGGAUGCCAGCACUGCAUGCAGCGGCUUAUACUACUAUGCCACAGCACCAGCCCCUAACCCUUUCAUUUUUAAUCCUAUAAGGUAGAUACUAUUAUUAUUCCAUUUAUGCAUGAAGAAACUAAGAUACAAGAGAUCAUCACCUGCACAAAUGUAUAUAGCUAGAAAAUGGAUGAGUGAGGAUUGACCUCAGCUCAGGAUGUCUGUGAUUUUACAGACUCUAAAUCAAUGACUAAACUUCCUGAUCUUCUACUUCUAAAACUCUGCCUCUUUCCGGGGGAAGCAAAGAUGAAAAAUUAAAAAAAAAAAAUCAAAACAGAACAAUCUAAGAUAAAACAGCAGAGGCUGAUCCCAGAAUCUGAUUCAUUCUUUUUCUUACUAGGAAAAGAUGCUACAGGCCAGAAGGCUGGAUGUUGUAAUGUCCCCUUCCUAUCAAUUAAGCUGUGGCAGAGGCAGAUGGGAAGAAGUGCAUCUUUGUGUGAUUAUAAAGCAAUCUGUGGUAUCCACGCCAGGGGUACAUGCAAGUAGCCUGAGUGAGGUUCUGCCAAGUAUUAACUAAAGCCCUAUCCACCUGUAUAUAUCUUUCUCAGAAAAACCAAAGCCCAGGGAUCUCUUUUAGGUUGACUGGUGAAUCAUAAGAUAUGAAAGGUUGAGCCCUAAUGUUAGAAAUGGAUGGAUUUAGUUACAUAGAAGGAAUAGCACUAUUUUGUAGCACAAUAGGAUGGUUACAGUUUAUAACAUUUUAUAAUACAUUCUAUAAAGAUCAAGAAGAGAGGGAUUCAAAGGUUCCCAAUACACACACACACACACACACACAUGCAGUAUUUGAGGGGGGACUCGCUAAUUACCCUGACUUGAUCAUGGCAUAUUGUAUGCAUGUGUUGACUAAUCACACUGUACCCCAUGAGUGCACUCAAUUACUAUGGAUCACUUAAAAAUAAAACUACAUUUUAAUAAUUAAAAAAUAAAGCUUUUUAAAGAAACAGAUCGGUAUAUAAAACCUCAUUGAUU